AUGAGCGUGACAUCAUGGUUCCUGGUGAGCAGCUCGGGGACUCGACACCGCCUCCCCAGAGAGAUGAUCUUUGUGGGCCGGGAGGACUGCGAGCUCAUGCUGCAGUCCCGCAGUGUCGACAAACAGCACGCCGUCAUCAACUACAACCCGACAACUGACGAGCACCUGGUGAAAGACCUGGGCAGCUUAAACGGGACGUUUGUGAACGAUCUGAGGAUUCCUGAUCAGACCUACAUCACCCUCAAACUGUCCGACAGCAUCCGCUUCGGAUAUGAUUCUCACAUCUACGUUCUGGAGAAAAGUCAGCACAAAGUCCCAGAGGAGGCUCUGAAGCAUGAGAAGUACAGCAGUCAGCUGCAGAUGAGCCUGAAGGCUUCAGAGGGGAAGAACCUGGAGCUGGAAGACCGAACGAGAUCCGACAAAACUCAGAGUGCCAAGAGCCUGACGCAGGUUACAGAGGCUCCGGUCUGUCGGCCCACGCCUCUGUACGGUCAGCCGUCCUGGUGGGGAGAGGAGGAUUAUGGGAGUAAAGUUCAGAGCGGCGAUGAACCUCACGCAGAGGGCCAGAAAGACGCCUCGUCUCUGGAUCCCGACUUCUCUGGAUCUCUGUCAGACUCUCAACAAAAGACCAUCUUCCCUUUGUACAACCGUGAACCGAGCUACUUCGAGAUCCCCACCAAGGACUUCCAGCACCACAAAACCUCGGGGGCGGAGCUUCACGAGAUCCCCACCAAGGACACGGACACGCCUCCAGUCCCACUCGCCCCUCCCGCCCCGACCCCGCCCGUCGUUCAGAGCCACGCCUCCUUCACCAUCGAGUUUGACGACUGCAUGCCAGGCAAGAUGAAGAUCAAAGACCACGUCACCAAGUUCUCCACCCGCCAGAGGAAGCAGCAGGCUCCCAAGACCACCAUCACGACAGCCACGCCUGCAGAGGUGAUGUCAGCAGAGAGCAAGGUGGCUGAUUGGCUGGUCCACAGCGAUGUCACCAUGAUGAGGAGACGUCCAACGUGUGAAGAUGUUUUCAGCACAAAGAGUGACCUCCCCAUGAACAUCAAGACCCUCAAAGGUCACCAUCAUGAGGAUGGAACCCAGAGUGACUCAGAAGACCCAGUUCUCAAAGGAAGGACCAGUAAAUCCCACCACUCCAUCCAAUCAGAGCAGUCUGAGGCAUCGCAGCAGACCGUUCAGUCAGGUCAGUCUAUCAACUCCCAGCCGCCUGCUCCAACCACGAAGCUCCACCAGCCACUGCAGUACUCUCCACCCGCACUGGCCCCAGCCUCACCUGCGGCCCCUGAGCGGCCCCUGUCCCAGAGUCCUCCUCAGAGUCAGUCCCCCACCACAGAAGCACCCAAGCAGGGCCCCCCGGAGCACCUCUCCCAGCAGGCCUUCAUCAUUGAGUUCUUUGAUGACAACCCGCGCAAAAAGCGCUCACAGUCCUUCACGCACAAUCCCGCCCACGCUGACUCGUACUCUGCCUUGAAGGCCAAGCUGGAGCGGCGGAAAGGCGGCGAGAGGCCGGCGUCUGUGCACGGCCAUAUCCCCCCCACCCAGCAGGUUACGGUUCCUCUGAAAGGACAGGGCCACGGCGGCCCCCAGAGGUCGAGCUCUCUGAAGAGGGAGAAGACAGAGGGCGAGGUUGCCUCUUCUGCUUCCUCCUCUCGCUCCUCUUCAGGUAUCAUCGUCAGACCCUUCGGCAGCGUCGGAAAGAAGUCCAAGCUGGCCCAGGAGUUUGCUGCUGAGUUCCUGAAGGAUUCUGGUCAACAGGAUUCCUCCCCAACCAGGGACAAGAUGUCCCCUCCUCCGAUGUCAGCACCGCCGGUGAUGGUAUCACCUCCUAAUGCAAGAAUUCCCUCCCCCCAAGAACCUCCAGCACCUUCCUCAGUCUCCUAUCCCACCUCACCCUUACUGCCUCCAGCAGUCUCAAAAUCCUCAAUCCCCACCAGCACUGCUGGCCAGUCAGCCUCUCCACUCCACUCUAUUGGACCUCCCAUGUCCCCCAUGGUGCCCCUUUGCGUCCGUGCAGGAGACCCCAAAUGUUCCCAGAGGAUGAUGAGGAACGAGGAGGACGACAGCCUGAGUGAUGCCGGGACCUACACCAUCGAGACGGAGUCGCAGGACAAGGAGGUGGAGGAGGCUCGCAACAUGAUCGAUCAGGUGUUUGGUGUCCUCGACUCUCCAGAGUACAGUGGUGUGACCCCAGGAGUGUAUAGACCUGUAAUAAAUGAUGGCAAGGAUGAGCAAGCUAACCUGCCUAGCGAUGGUAGCACUGUGGACCCGUUGCAUGGCUUUAUCCCAGCUGCUAUCAGCGGCCCCCCAACAGGCCCCGUACAGGUUCCACCUGCUCAUGCAGAAGGUCUGGAAGGACCCAAAUGGGUUUCACGAUGGGCCAGUCUGGCAGACAGUUAUGCUGAACCUGGUUCCACUCCACCUCAAGGAGAACGUCUGGAAGAUUUGCGCCUCGUGAGCCGGUCGAUGGGAAAUUACAGUUACGAUAACUCUGAGUCGGAGUCCAGCCACAGCUCCAGGACAAGAAGGCUGCUGCCCCAGGUGCCUCCAGAAAAGCUGGAUAGUGUUCCUCCGAGUAUCCUGAUUCGCCAUGACCCCCACCAAGGCCAGGAACCUCUAGACAGAUUCUCUGGUCCUCCCCGUCAACAGGACUCCACCCAGUGCCUGUCUGUGCAGGAUGAUGUGGACCCAGACAGCCUGAGUGACGCCAGCCGCUCAGAUGACGGACCUGUUCUGGAGAAAACUAAGAAGAAUCAGGCAAGGACUGGAUCUUUAUCCCCAGGGGGCGCUGGUCCUCAGUUCAAGAGUUCAGAGAAAGUGUCUCCCACCACCAAAUCCACCUCCUUCUACAUUGGUUCUGAAGACAGUCCAGUUAAACCUGAGCAGGCCCAGAGCCUGGUACAGUCUGAGAGGACACGCGAUCCCCCAGCUAAAACUCCCCCUACCACCGUCCUGAUCCGACACCUGAGCGGACACGAACCCAGGAGGACCGGUGUCAAACCCAACAGCUCUGCUCCUAAUCUCCAAACACAGGACAAGGAUUCUGUCCCCACUAAAGACAGCUGCAUUACAUCCAUCGUCCGGCAGGAGAGCUUCACCAAAGAACAGCCCAGCGACACCAUCCAGAUGAAGAAGCUUCCCCACAUCUCCAGCCACCCAUCCAUCAGAGACAUGGAGCAGAGGAGGGAGAACCUCCAGGAAACGCAGUCCUUCCUUCAGGAGACCGAGGGAACUCUAUCCUCUCUGGACACUAAGUUCCCCUCAUCUGGUUCUGGUCGUAGUUCAAAGAAAGGAGGCUCCUCCACCCACAUGGACGACUCCCUUUCUGGUGAUUCGGACGUGGACACAGCGAGCACUGUGAGCCAAGUGAGUAGCAAAAAUGCUCCAGUCAGCUCUGCCUCUAAAAAACGUCCCGCCAUCAGCAGCCUUCAAAAGGAGAAGUCCUCUUCCAGCCCGUCCAUCCAAGAGAAGGGACGGCAACUCAGCGCCCGUGAACGGCUUUCUGAGAAACGCAGAAACCAGGUGACAACAGAUACAUCAAGCAAGGCAGAGGCAGCAAAGCGCUUCCAGAUGCGCCGCAGUGCGGGCAACCGUGGAUCUCUGGAUCUAUCAGAGGGCCAGCAGGGUUCUGGUCCACAAUGGACCGAAACAACAUCAUCUGACCAUGAAAUUUCCCGGCCGGCCGGCCGUAGCAAGAAACUCAUCACCCCUCUUCAGAAAGAAGACAAUGGAAAGACGCCCAAGACGGCGAGUCAGCAGGUUCUGACACGUUCCAACAGCCUGUCAGCACCACGGCCAACCCGAGCAUCCAUGCUUCGCCGAGCACGUCUGGGUGAGGCGUCAGAUAACGAAGGCGCUGAGACCGACCGGGCCUCCCAGAAUUCUGACCAUAUCACUGCACCGACCAAAGUGUCUGCUGAGGGAAAGAAGAUGUCCAGGCUGGACAUCUUAGCCAUGCCCAGGAAGAGGACCGGUUCCUUCACAGCUCCCAGCGACAACGAGACAUCCUCCACUGGCCGGUCCGGUUUGCCCAAUCGGAACUCUGAGUCUGGUGUCACUACCAGGAAGACAUCUGUGGGCGACGCCCGCCAGGCAGCUAACAAAGGAGGCGGAGCUCUGGGUAAGCAGCCACUGACCCGUACCCGGUCCAGCGGAGCCAAGUACCCCAGCACCGGUUCCCGUCGCAGACAGAAGGACUCGGACUUCUCCUCUUCUUCUGAAGAAGAAUACAAGACGAAUGCCGGGACUCUCAAAUCCAAACGCUCCUCCCAUCCCACCACAUCCGGCCAGACGCCGCGCAGCCACCGGACAGCUGCCUCCCGAUCCAAGUCUGUCUCCCUGGAGACGGACGAGGACGAGGACCAGAACGAGGCCGACCCCUACCAGAACUGGUCCACGCACAGCGCAGAGAUCGCCAAGCUCAGUCAGGACCUGGCCAAAGACCUGGCCAUCCUGGCCAAGGAAAUCCACGACGUUGCCGGGGACGGAGACUCGCCGAGCUCCGGCAUGGGCACCACCACCUCACCCAGCUCGCUGCCCAACACGCCGGCCUCCACCAUCUCUGCCAGGGAGGAGCUGGUCCAACAUAUCCCCGAGGCCAGUUUAAACUACCAGAAGGUUCCUCCAGGUUCUGCUGCCGUCUCGGACCUGGAUGCAAACAUGAAUGAGCCAGAGCCCAGUUCUAAGCAACGCCGUCCGUGGAACCGCGAAGAGGUGAUUCUGGACAACCUGAUGCUGAAUCCGGUGUCUCAGCUGUCCCAGGCCAUCCGGGAGAACACAGAGCAGCUGGCUGAAAAAAUGAAGGUUUUGUUCCAGAACAAGGCGGACGUCUGGGAGGAGAUCGAGGCGAAGAUCAACGCUGAGAACGAGGUCCCCAUCCUGAAAACCUCCAACAAGGAAAUUACCUCCAUUCUGAAAGAGCUGAGGAGAGUCCAGAGGCAGCUUGAAGUUAUAAACACCAUUGUGGAGCCCGGUGGGAGUCCCCAGACUGCAGCGGUCGGAACGUCGUCUCUCGGUCACACUAGACCGUCCUCGAGGGAGAAGAAACCCGCCACCAAAACCCGAGGCGCACCCCCGACCUCCAACGCCAAUGAAAGCACCAAAAGACCACCUCGUGGACCGGACGGGGCCCACUACAUGGCCUGAACAGGCCACCGUAGCACCUUUGGACAGUAUCUGUGUAUCCACACCGGCUGCAGCCACAUCGUAGCACCCAGAGGGGCUCCUCAUCAGAAGCAUUCUAGACCAGCUCAGCAGCCGGGUCGGGAGACGUAGCUCAACACCAAGAUCAGCUGUUACUGGGCACUUUGAAAAGGGCGGGAAAAGCCAUGCGUGUCUGUGAAGGCGUUACAUCGAUAGACUUUAUUGGUCGUCCAUCGUGGCUGUGGGGUUCUGCAUGCCGUGUCCUGUUGUAGGGGCCGACGCCUUCAGAGGCUCGUGAGUCUGAGUUUGUCUCAGUGGAGGACUGAAGUUAUUAUUUGGCAUAUUCAGAGGACACUAUGUGUUUCUUCUCUGGUCCUUAGUGUCCCACAAUUCAUUGCGUGCCAGUCGCAUUUAUGCUGUGUCCCAAUUCCAGAUUACACACCAAUACCAUGUAUGUGCUGCCACAGCGUGCGGUUUUAGCAGUCAGUGGAGAAGAAGUCAGUGAGCUUUACUGUUUCAUAUUAACAGCAGCACUUAAACAAAGUGGGACUCAGCCACAGAAAAAAACAAACUGAUGCCUUUUUACUUUACUUGAGAAAUAGAAACAAAACAAGCUGAAGUUGUUAAAGGUUUAAUGUUGUGUGAAGAACUCUGUUAAAAGGAAAGCCAGUCUUCACUUUACCCACAGCUACAGUCACAGUAUUCAAAAGCUGUUUAAAUUGCUGAUUAAAUUUCACAAAGUGGAAGUAAAAUGUUUUUCCAGACAUGUUUUAGUUUGACAAGAUCUUUGUGAAUCGGUCUCGCCAACAUUCCUGAUGUGUUUGACGCUUUGCAGCUGUGAGUUCCUGCUCAGACCAGAAAGUAGGACCACCAGACUCAUUUGUAGGUCUUUGCCAAACAGGUGGUCCUAGACGCUUGGCGACAGAGUGACUGCUUGUGUCGUCACUUGGCAGCCUAAACAUUUACUUCGCAGCUAGCUAGGAACGUGCUAGCGGUAGCUAACCCAACCCGUUCUCACUCCCAAGUCGUCACCUACGGACCCGUGGUCAAGACCCGUUGGUGUCAGUUUGGAACAGGAAGCCCUGUAGCGUCAACGGUAAAGGAAGGUUUAUGAUAUUUAACAGAAAAGUCAGAGUAAAGAGGGGGUUGGGUGGACGGAGGGCCAGAAACCGGACUUCCAACCAGGAGACCGGUGUUUGUUUUUCCCGUGUGAAAGUCAACAUUAAAUGGUUUCAUUUAAGUUACCUGACUGACGUAACAUAGUUAUUUUAACCCAAGCCAUGAUCUUUUCCUCAACGCAACCAAGUACUUUUGGUGCCUAAACUAAAUUGUGGGAUUUCCCAACUUUAACAAGGCACCGUUUCAAAAUGGCCGUUCCAUAUUUGUUGUUGCUAACUUGACCGUGGAGCCCUAUACAUUGAAAAACGCGUGUUAAAAAGCGAUGCCAAGGGGUCUUGACCAAGCGUCCAUAUCUGACAGGUUGGCUAACCAAACUGGACGAAAAGGUUCAUCCCUCACCGCCCACAUGCUCCUUCUAGACACAUAACCCUGCUCCUCCUGGUGUUUCCAGGGAUCUGGAACAGUUAUAAAAUAACCUCGUGAAUAGGAAUCUUUGGACUGAAGUAACCUUAUCCAGACUAGAAUUACCAGGACCCCUUCCUGGAGCCAGUCCUGGGAGGGGUCCAGUUCAGCCCAAAGAAGCAACAUGGAUAGAGGUCAGGUGCACCGCAGAUCACAGUGCAGACCUCGGCAGCAGAAUCUGGUUCUGGGGACAAACGUGAACCCCGUUACCUUUAAGUUAAGAUUUGUACCAUAAGCCAAGGAGUUUCUGCUCGAAUACGGGAGAACUUGUUAUUCCUUCUUGGACAGUAGUGAACAUCAGCAGCUCAGAGUGUAGUUAGGAACUGGGACACAGCUGUGGUUUCAUCUCUGAGACUGAGACUCUGUAGUGAGGCACAAAUGUACUUUUAUACUUCACGUCCUUCUAAAGAGUCGGCCCCUAAAGGACAGCGGGAAAACUGCAGCUAUUGGCUCAUUUACCGGUUGUAGGAUUCACUUUUUAGGUGGUGUGGGGGCUGGGGUCUCUCUGCUGGUGGUUGGGAUCCUGGGGUCCGGUGGUGUGGAUGCACAGAAACUGUCCCGAGCUCUCUUUGUAUCCAGUGAUUCAGUCAGAACAAAUGCAUUUUGAAACCAUGUAACCCUGUAGAACUGCUUCUACAUCGCACAAGCUGAACGUAGUGGAAGCUGCGACCAGAAGCAGCUGCUCGCGCCGCAGUAGUACGUGGGUGAUGUACAAACGUGUAUUGAUAACUUUGUGCUUUGAUAAUCUGUUGUUGCGUUUGAACAGAUGAUAGAUUGUGUUGUCUCCGUUUCUCUGUGGGUGUUUAUGAAGGAGGUCCUGCGCCGCCUCGACGCUUCGGCCCUGCAGACAGGAAGCCCGUCUGCGAAGCUAAAAAGAUGUAAUGUUAUAUUUGCUGAAUGUUCUUUUGCCAUCUCGCUGUGACUGUGCUGCUGCCAUAUCUGUGAAACCGCUGAAUGUGGGAGAGUUUCCUUCGAUGUCCGUUGACUUCAAACUGAUCAGCUGAUGUGACGUGAGACACCCUGCUGGUCCUUAAACGCCUCUCUGAAUCUCAACAAAUGAAACCAGAACCACAACAAAGCCCUGCUCCUGGGUCCUCCUGCUCCUGGGUCCUUCAGCCGGAGACUCAAAAACAGCUUUGUGUUUAUUUUCAGAAGCUUCGGAGGCAGAAAGCUCGUUGAGUUGACGAUCUGUUGCAUUCGCUAAAGUAAAGGAGACUUUAGGCCUUCUGAUGAUUUAGCCUCUGAUAUUUACCAGACGAAGACUCGUGGUUCUGAAAGGAGGAUCCUGUGGUUCUGAAGGCUGGUUCAUACCUCUGCGUCGAGUCUAGGCCGUAGCUAACAGCGAAAGCUACGCACGUGACCAAAACGCUGUGUGACGGUGAGGUUUCCUCUGUGGUGACUUCUGCCAGCUAACUUCCUGUAGCUCUCCACUAACUUGGCUCUUCUUGACUUUCCAAAUAGAUCAAACUCUGAUAGUGAAACAUGUCGCGGGGGCUGUGGCGCUAAAGGAUAAAGGAUCCACCAUGUUACAGCUACGUGUUUGGCCUCUAGUAAGGACAGAGCACUUCCUGUGGACUUGAUGAUGCUACCAAGCCGACCAAUCUCCGCGACAUGGCGCUACAUUUUUGGAGGGAUGCGCGUCAGGCUGCAGCGUAGACUCGACACAGAUUAUAAAUCAGCCUUAAGAGUCGUGAAUAUCAGGAGAAGAGGCGUGAAGCUGCCGUUCAGCGGACGGAGACACAGCGAGGAACUGCAGCUUCUGCCUUCAGCUCACGUUGUUCGGUGUGAAGUUGAACACUGGGUCGUCUGCACUUACGAUUGGUCCAAAGGCAGCGGCCUCUCUGAACUUCGGCCGUCUGUUCAGUAUUUGUGUCAGAGCCGCUGUAAAUAAAGUUCCCCUCCUCCAGAGCUUUCAGCCGCGUCUCACCGUCUUCACAGGCCAUCUUCCCCCCGGAUAGACCACCACCUGUUACCACCUGAGGUCCAGACUCACUGUCGGCCGCGAUGUGACACCUGAACCCAUCUCCAUGACAACGAAGCACACUCCCCGAGGAUGACAGCGAGAUGAUGUAGAAAGCUCGGAAAUGGCCCUUCAGUAAAGAUGAUUUAGUUCCAGCUCAUCGGCCUCCGUUCUGUAUUUCCAACACCUGCUCAGCAAAGGCUGGACCAGCACGGUGUGCGUGUGCGUGUGCGUGUGCGUUACAGCAGCUCGGCGUGCAGAGAGCUGAACACGUCUACGUCUGUUUCAGAUGGAUGUCCAGGAUGUUGUUAGCCUAGCUUAGCACAAAGACUGGUAGCGGAGGGAAACUGUUAGCCUAGCUCCGUCCCGUCUGUCUGAUGUCCAUCUGGAACGUGACCGAGGAGACUUUUAUUUUGGAAAGUGCAUGCUUCCUGUAGCUUGAGGCGGCUGAGAGUUUGAGGCUAGUUCACCAAAUGUGCACUUUUUCAUUUGACACCGUGUGAAAGCAGCUGAGAUUCUUGGGGGUGCGUGCUGUUUUCGUGCUCUGCAGCCAUCCAGAAUGUAUCCGCUCAUCACACAAACCUGAUUGGCCGCUGCUGUGAUGAUGUAACUGCUGCUGCUACUGGUGAUUGGUGUUUUUCCUGAGUUACAGUGCAUGGCGGUGCUGCAGACUCGCUGUAGAGACGUUCCUGUAUUUACUCUGUUUUUUAUGCAUCAGCCGGGCGGCGUCCUGCAGCCGUGUUCCUGUCCUCUGGUAUUUAUUAAGUCCUGGACUCUCAUGUGUUCAUCACCAACAGGGUUUCUGUGAAUCACCAUGUCAUUUGUAAUAAACUGAUUUCAUGCA